AUGCCCAGAGUUAUCCAAGGUAAUAUGAACGAGGCAAUUGACGCAAAUGCCCUUUUGCCACAAAUAUUAUGUAAAAGAAGGGUAUACGUAGUGCUCAUGAGCGAGCAGUACAGAAACUUUACGUUGCCUAAGUGGCUUAGCAACGCAACAAAUGUAUCAGCCAUGUUAGUUCAUAGACCACACGGAAUCUGCCAAGAUACAAGUGGAUUGGGAAGAUAUUUUGUCUUAUUAAAAAGUAGGGGCAUCACGAUUGUCAGCUACUACUUUUCACCAAACACUAGUAUCAAGGAAUACAGAAGAAGAAUAAAUCACCUCGAAUAUACCAUCAGAGAUGGCAUAGAUGGCGACUUAUUGGUCGCAAGAGACUUUAAUGCAACAUCAGUAGAAUGGGGAAUGCCUGCAACGAACUCUAAGGGCCGGGCAGUCCUAGAUAUGGCAGCAAGGCUAGGGCUGGUCAUUGUAAACGAAGGAAGGACCACGACUUUCAGAAGGCCGGGAUUUGGCGAAUCAAUACCAGACAUUACACUGGCUUUGGAGAGCCUUGCGCCAAGAGUGAAGAAAGUUCAGGUUAUUAAGGACAAUAAUGGCAGCAAUCACCAAUAUAUCAUCUUCGAAAUCACCGAUACAAUAGACAGAAAAGGCAUUGCACGCAAGACAGGAUGGAAUGUUAAGAAGCUGGACACAUAA